AUGACCAUGAACAUUAAGUUAAUUAAAAAGAUCAYUCAGGCAAGUUCRAAGGAUGUGUUGUAUAAUGUUAGGACUCUGUCUGGUGGAGAAUCACUGCAUAAAGCCAUCUCUAUAUCCGGUGACGAAAAGCUCUCAAUUAAGCUAAAUACUGCCAUUUCCGCCAAUGAUGCACAUUCAAUAGACAUAAAAUAUCACAAAAAAUGGGUAAUACAAGGCCCAGCUGACGUGCUAUCAUCAGAGGAAAAGUCCAAUGAAGUACACAAACGUGCCAKGAGUCUUACACAAAGCACCGUUUCCAUGUGUUUGUCAGACCGCCAGGUAAAGCACAAGCAUAAAAAAUCAGAAACCACAAGUAGAAUGACAUCUGAAAUGCCUCAACAAUUGGCUAUUGGACUUGCUGUGCACCAAGCUUACCGCAGCAAAGAAUUGAUCAGGUUCCUCCACGGUUUUGGGAUGUCGGUUGAUUAUAACCGAGUCCUAAGAGUAGAAUCGCAAACAGAGUCCAAUGUUCUUCAAAGAAUGGAACAAAAUGGCGAUGUAUAUCUGCCUYCAGAUAUAGUUAAGGGACGGCACGUCUUCUUUGCAGUUGAUAACAUCGAUUUCGCCGAGGAUACUCCCGAUGGGAAGCGUACGUUCCAUGGCACUGCAAUGGCCAUUUACCAACGCGCCAAUACAAAGGUGCAAGAUACGGCAUGGCUGUUAGGAAGAAACGUGACAAGAGUAAAGACUGACAACUCCCAAGCWAUAACAAGCAUCCCAGUGUGGUCUGCCUAUAACUCACUCGUCACUGAUACGCUGCCAAUCACACGAGUUGGAACACCUCUUGUUGAUGCACCAGCACACGAGUGGUCUACACUUUUAACUGUGCUUAUGCAAGCACAAUCAAUAAGUGCUAAAGUUGUCGGUCCAACAAGGAAGACUGUGAUCUCUAUGUAUCUAGAUCUAUACCAGCCUGCAAAGAAGMUGCAAAUGUGUCGUCCUGAUAUGAAAAACCUGAUUCUUCGACCUGGAGAGCUCCAUAUUGUGAUGGCUGUUCUGAGAGCAAUAGGCUCAUACAUAGAUAACAGCGGAAUCGACACAUGCUGGAUUGAAUCCGAGCUCUAUGGUCCAUCAACAGUUCAACAGAUCCUUGGUGGAAAGCACGUGAAAAGAGCUCAAACAGCCCACAUGGUCACUCUGCAGGCUUUAUUCAUUUUGUACUAUGACGCCAUCGUAGAAGAGGAAACGAUUGCCCUCGAAAGUCUUGAAGUCUUGAAUGAUGCCUGUGCUAGCAGCUCCAGCGAAAAUAUCAAAAAGGCCCACAACAAGCUAGUAGAAACCAUGGAGGCACAGAAUGUCCUGGAAAAGAUGGACUCCUUUGAUAGCAAAAAGCACAGCCCAAUGUUCAAAGUUAUACGGCAGUACAUGAAAAUGGUGAUGGAGAUGAUGGCAUUCAUUCGAGCAGUAAGGACAGGUGACUGGCAACUGCACCUGCAAGCUCUUGAAGUCCUUACAAAGUAUUUCUUUGCCCACGAUAUGUUGAAUUAUGCUCGAAUGAUCCCGGUCUAUUUGGCCGAUAUGAAUACUCUUGGGGAGAUAGAUCCUGAUAUCAUCAAAGAAUUUGAAGGAAACUGGGUAGUCAAUAAAAACCCACAGGUUCCAUUUUGKUCUCUCGCCGCAGAUAAUGCCCUUGAGCACGUAAAUCGCUCUAUGAAGGUGUCAGGAGGUCUAGUGGGCAUUACACUUAACACCAACACGGCAACAAGAGUCACUAGACAAGGCAAACAAGCGCCAAUCUACUACAAGAUUAMCGAUGCAACACUUAUCACGAAAAAUCCCAUGAAGACGCUUCUAUCUCAUGUCAAGACAAAGCAAGAACUGACUGAAUACUUAGCCAAGCAGAUCUUAAAGAGAGGUCUUGAGGAGGCKAAAGACGUAGUUGUGGCAUGGGGAGCUGAUUGCAAGGCUACUCAUAGAGAUAUGACCCAUCUUAAAACAGGAGCCACCUCCAUAGAAAUAAUCUCACCUGAUACUGAUGUCUUUGUGUUGUCUCUUCGACGAUACUUGUUGCUGUGCGAGGACACUAUGUUUGUUACUGGUAAAGGAGAUCGCCAUCGAAAGAUCAAGCUUGGUCCCAUAGUUCGRGCCCUUGGACCUGCCAGGACUGCAGCUUUACCCGGAUUCCACGCAUGGAGUGGAGCAGAUAUUACCGGAAGUUUUGCAGGUAAGGCCAAGACWCUAUGCUGGAAAGCUUUUAUUGAUGCCGAUAAAGACAGUAUCACUGCACUUACAGACCUUGGAACCAGAGACCAACCACAUGAAAGCACGUUUGCUGGAAUCGAAAAGCUAGUCUGCCAGCUGUACCAGUCAAACACCAACAUCGCCAAGGUAAAGGAACUGAGAUGGCUCCUCUUUCGCAAGAAACAAGCGGAAUCUGAGAGACUACCGCCUACUUUAGCAGCACUGAAAGAAUCAAUCAAGAGAGCGCAUUACCAGUGUAUGGUAUGGAACAGCUACAUAUUAYCUAAUCCAGAACUUCCAUCACCAUCAAAUUACGGUUGGAAAUUGGACACAGAUCAAUGGACGCCCAUAAUGACUCCGCUACUUCCCGCACCAGAUGCUGUGCUCUAUUUAGUCAAAUGUGGUUGUUCCAAGGAAAGUUGCUCAACAAACCGAUGCAAGUGCCGCAAGGCAGGASUCCCGUGCACUGAUCUUUGUUCUUGCAUGGACAAUGAAGAAGACGAGCCAUGCAAUAAUGUCAUUGAAGAGGAAAUGGAGAGUGAGCUCGACGAGGAGGAGGAGGAACUUGACAAUAGUGAUUUUGAWGACCAGAACGACGAUGAAGGAAAUCCAUGA